AUGGCACUUCGCCGCUUCAAUGCAGGUGGGAAGAAGCAGAAGGAGCUCACGGAUGAGCAGAAGCAGGAGAUCAAAGAGGCCUUCGAUUUGUUCGACACCGAUGGCAGUGGUGAGAUUGACUCCAAAGAACUCAAGGUGGCCAUGCGAGCCUUGGGCUUUGAGCCAAAGAAGGAGGAGAUUCAAAAGAUGAUCUCUGAUGUGGACGAUGACGGAUCUGGCACCAUCGGCUAUGAGGAGUUCUUGAAGAUGAUGACGCACAAGAUAUUGAACCGUGAUCCCAAGGAUGAGAUCUUGAAGGCCUUCCGCCUCUUCGAUGAUGAUGAGACCGGGAAGAUUUCCUUUAAGAACCUCAAGCGCGUGGCCAAGGAGCUUGGAGAGCGGAUGACCGACGAGGAGCUGCAGGAGAUGAUCGAUGAAGCCGACCGCGACGGCGAUGGGGAGGUCAAUGAGGAAGAGUUCCUGCGCAUCAUGAAGAAGACGAAUUUGUUCUGA